GGCCGGGCUCUUUUGUUCAGGGCGGCGGACGGAGCGCGGCCAGGCCCGGGCCCCCCCGACCCCCGAGCGCGCCCCCGCGGCCCUUCCCUCGGACACCGGCGGCGGGGCUGUGCACGCAGCCCGGGAAAUCGUUGAAACUGGCCAGCACAAUGGGAAAAAAGCAGAACAAGAAAAAGGUGGAAGAGGUGCUGGAGGAGGAGGAGGAGGAGUACGUGGUGGAAAAAGUCCUGGAUCGACGCGUGGUCAAGGGAAAAGUGGAAUAUCUGCUCAAGUGGAAGGGAUUCUCUGACGAGGACAACACCUGGGAGCCUGAGGAGAACCUGGACUGCCCGGAUCUGAUCGCGGAAUUCCUGCAAUCCCAAAAAACCGCCCACGAGAGCGAGAAAUCCGAGGGCAGCAAGCGCAAGGCCGAGUCGGACACGGAGGACAAGGGGGAGGAGAGCAAGCCAAAGAAAAAGAAGGAAGAGUCGGAGAAACCGCGAGGCUUCGCCCGAGGCUUCGAGCCGGAGCGAAUCAUCGGAGCCACGGACUCCAGCGGGGAGCUGAUGUUCCUGAUGAAAUGGAAGAAUUCUGACGAGGCCGACCUGGUGCCCGCCAAGGAAGCCAACAUCAAGUGCCCGCAGGUGGUGAUCUCGUUCUACGAGGAAAGGUUGACAUGGCACUCCUACCCCUCAGAGGACGAUGACAAGAAAGAGGACAAGAACUAAACCCUGCUGGCCCCAGCUCCGGGCAGCCUUCGGGGUUUUGGUGGUUUUUUUUUUUGUUUGUUUUUUUUUGGUUUUUUUUUUUUUGGUUUUUUUUUUUUUGGGAAAACGAUCUGAACUUUUGUGGGGUGUGAGCAAAGGAGGGGUUUGGAGAUGCCCUUGGAAGAGGCCCCCCAGCCCGGUUUCUGUGCCCUGCAGCCACUCCUCUGCUCCCUGCCGUGUCCAGAUUCCAACCAGAAUCCCAUGGAAUUCCAGAUUCCAUCGGAGAGGGGGUGGGGGAGGGAGGGAGGGAGAAUCAGGGGGGAUAUGGAAAGUUUGGGAUCAGGUGGGAAUUUUGGGGUGGGGAGGGGUCUCAAAGCGAUGGGAGCAGAAGCAAAACCCCUUCCAUGAAGGACUCGCCGGGAUGGCCGGGCUGGUGAAUGGGAUUGGGAUUGGGAAUGGGAUUGGGAUUGGGAAUGCAGAUGGAUCCUGCUUCCCCUCCACAGCCCAUCCCAGCAGCCCCCAGCCCUGUUCCCAAUAGUGUUAACUCUGCAUUUUUAAGGCGUAGCAUGUGUGUAGGUCUUUUGAUUUGGAUUUUUAUUUUCCUUUUCCUGUUUUGUUUUUUUUUUUUUUUUCUGUUCAUUUGUUUCCUUUUUGUUUUUGUUUUUCUUUUUUCUUUUGCUUUUUCCUGGUGUUAUCCUUUGGGAAGGGAGGGAGGGAUUUUAAGGGGAAUUUGAUCUCUUUUAAUCAAGGAGGAAAGUGAGGUCUGGUGAUGACAUUCCCAGAUCAUUUCCAGUUUUGUUUUUUUUUUAAAAACCUGAAUUCAUUUUUUUUAAAAAAAAAAAAAGCUGAAUUCAGUAAAGAAAUUUCAAUUUAUAAAAAAAAAAAAAUUAAGGGAGAAAGGGAGAAGAUCCCAGAGCUGGGGACAGAGACACUGAAACUGUGAAUGUCCAAAAUCUCCAGAGCUGAUCCUCGAGUGAUUUUUAGGGGGAAUUUUUGGGGAAAAGGGGAGGGAAUUUUUGGGGUGGGAGGGGACAAAGGGGAGACUUUGUGAAAAUGCAACUUUGUGAUUCUGUAUGGUCCUGCAGCAGAACUGCCACUCCUGACAUUUGCAUUGUAUGGGGAGGGUGGGGGGGGGAUGGAUUUUAACCCUUUUAUCGCCUUUUUAACCCAUUUUUGUUCUCCAUUCUAAGGUGCUAUUUCUCCAAAUUGGGGGAGGUCGGGGAGGGGGAAUAAAAAAAAAAAAAAAAUAAUGUUCUAAAUUUCUGACCACUUGUUCCUUUUCCCACCCUGGAUUUUGCUGCCCAGCAGGGAGAGGAACCAGCAGCAGCACAAGAAAAAAAUCCAAUCAAUCCCAGUUUCUCCCCAAAGCAAGGCUGGGAGCUGCUUUCCCAGAACUUUGGGAGGGUUUUUUGGAUUUUUUGAAAUUAGAUUUAUUUCCCAAAUCCUGAACUAUUUAAGUGACUCCGAGGGUGGGAUCUCGACGUGCAUUGUGCAAACCUUUUUUUAUGAGCAUGUGUUUGGGUUCCUGUGCAAAAAUCCGUGUGCAAAUGUAAAAGUUCGUGUUUGGAUUUUAACUUCAUACCGAGCUCUGUCCAGUUUUUAUUUUGGUUUUGUUUUGGUUUUUUUUUUUUUUUUUGGUUUUGUUUUGAUUUAAUUUUUUUUUGUCUCAAUAAAAUUUUAGAUUUAUAAUCCUGAUUUUUUAUUUUUUUAAAUAUUUUUUUAACCUUUUCUUUACCUUGCUCCCUUUCCUCCAGUGAGGAGUGACCAGGUAGAGCAGGACACGGAGGGAAGGUGAGCCCUGAGCCAGGUUAGAACUUUGGAGAAAGUGGCAGCAGCAGGUUCUGGAGCAGGUUCUGGGUUUAUUUUGGCCUCCAGCUGCAGAAGAGAGGCUCAGCCAGAGCUCUGAGGCCUGGCCUGGGAGCCUGGAGGGAAUUCCCAGCACCU